AGGCGAAAUUGUCCGAAGCUGUGUCGAACGUGAGCAGAAGCAUCUGCUAUGAUACUUGCAGGACGAGCUCAGCGACCACGAUAUUAUAUUCGCAGAAUAUCUCAAAAAGGAAUACAAUGGUCUAAUAUACUUUAAAACGACUCAUGCCAGUAGGUGUCCACUGAGCUGCCUGUAAGAUGUCUAUGGUGCUGUUUGCAUCGGUGGUGAGGGUGAGGGACGGUCUACCACUCUCUGCCUCAACUGACUAUGAACAGGAUAAAGGAUUUCAGGAGACUAAGAAACACCUCAAGGGUCUCUCCAAAAAACUCAGCCAGUUUCCUGAUCGCUGCUCACUCAGAUCUGGUCUUUAUAACAUCAAUUUCACAAGCUCUCUUGGAGUCGGGUAUUUGAUGGUUUGCACAGAAACCUAUCCCAAUGUCCUGGCCUUCAGCUUCCUGGACGAACUUCAGAGAGAGUUCAUUGUCACGUAUGACACCAAGCGGAUCAACAGCGCUUUGAGGCCUUUCUCUUUUAUUGAGUUUGAUAACUUCAUUCGGAAAACCAAGCAACGUUACAACAGCCCACGUUCUCUCUCAACCAAGAUUAAUCUGGCCGACAUGCAGACUGAGAUCAAGCUCCGGCCUCCUUAUCAGCUGUCCACGGAGGACAUUGGAUCAAUCAACGGCUUCUCACAACACAAGCAGUCUAAAUAUAAAGGCAUAGCUCCUAAUCAAAUGUUGGAGGCCAUCACCCUGUCGGGUAUCAUCGCCUGUGUCCUAAGUGUCCUGUGUGCCGCUCUUAAUUUGCUGCGGGGAGUCCACGCAAUAGAAAGUGUAUUGCAGAACGAGGAUGAAGACUUUAAUUACGUAAUUGCUUUUUUCCUUGGAACCACGGCCUGUUUGUAUCAGUGUUACUUGUUCGCCUACUACUCAGUUUGGAGGAACAUCAAGUCAUUCCUGGCCUUUGCUAUGAUCUGCCUAUGUAACAUGUAUCUGUAUGAACUCCGUAACAUGUGGCAGAUCCUCUUUCACGUGACGGUGGGAGCGUUCAUCACUCUGCAGAUCCACCUGAGAAGACCGCAGGGCAAAUCACCCGACUACAACGUUUGACCCCCCCUUGAACUCUUGAGACUAUUUGCCCAACAUGGCAACCCCAAACCUGUUCAAACCCCAUCUAAGUACAAAGGAACUAUGGACUGUGAAGCAGGUUUUACUGAAUAUUUUGAUAAUGUUCAAGAAACAUUUCCUGCUGUUUCACAUCCACCUGAGGUCACAGAUGAGAAACCGGUGUUCUUGUUGAUGCAAAAGGUUCAUGACAGAGGCUUUAAGCUCAUGGCAUUAGAUUCAUGCAUGAAUAAUUGAAGGAAGCAUUAGCAAUUGUGCACAAUGAAUAUAUUUUCCAAUAGGGAAUUGUAGUUAUUUUAUGUUUAAUUGACAUCAGUGCUUAAAGGGACAGCUCACCCAGAAAUGAAAAUUCUUACAUUUCUUGUAAAAUGUUCACAUGGCUUGUCUUCAUUAGGAUUAAAAGGAUAAAAAAUAAAGACAGAAAGCCUAAUCAAUUCUGAUUAAAGCAUCUAAUUAAAAUAUAAAAAAGUAACAGAUGCAUUUUCUGCAGCAAAAUAUUUAAAUACUAAAUCAACGUUUUUGUAUAUGUUCGUUUUUGUUUUGUUUUUUUGCUUCAUAUUAAAGAUUUUACAUAUUAAAAAUUGGUUUGGUUCAUAGCGUAUAACUCUUAAGGACAAAAAGGAAUUAAAUGAACUGGAAAAAUACUAUUGCAAAAAUUGGGCAAGCACCGUUGCACUUUAACCAUGUUUAAGAAACAGACCUAGUUGUAAGUUAUUUACUAGUUCAGUAACAAACUCUUGCCUGACAUGUAAUUAUUCACAUUAUACUGCGGUAAAUCACAGCUUAUACAUUCAUCUAAACAAUUCGAGUACCACCAAAUACAGAAAUGAUAAAAACCUUUCAUUCUUGGGCGAUCUUUUCAUUUAAGAUGCAAUUUUAGAUUGUUUUGACGCAUUGUUUCUCUAUUUUGAUUGUUAAAGCCAACUCGUAUGCAAGACUUUUUAUAGCUGCUUAUUUAAAAAAAUGAACAUCGCUGGAUUUUCACUCAUUUCUGCAAAAGCAGACGUUGGUGAUUUUUAUUUUGUCACAUGUUUUGAUAGACGCCUAAUUUGAGUGUCACUGUGUUUGUGGUCGUUAGUCGGACGUCUCUGCCCUGAAAGCAUAGUCAGUUAUUGUGUUAUUUAUCAGUUGUGUCUAUUCUGCCUGCAGGUGUGCAAAUGAAUGUGGUUGGCUGAGAGAGAAACUGAAUCGCACUCAUAGACGGUCUCUGCUUUAUCCACCUCGGUGUUUGCUGCCUUUUGUCAACGGGUCUGGUAUGAAUGUUGUGUUUAAUUUUGUUUCUGUUCACCUGGUUUGUUUUCGCAGCGCAAAGGACAGGUUAAAUGGAUGUCUGAAAGAUUAAGAGAUGAUAUGUGCGUUUCUUUUUUCUCCAAGUGUCGGUGAUCAAAGAUUGCAUCUGCGUUUUUUUUUUAUAUGCUCUCUCCAGCAGUAGUGCAUUGCCUUGCCAGUUUGUACUCUGACGUUAAAGGGCCGGUCUUGAAAUCAUCAGUAAAAACCUUGAUUUGUA